AUGAGGAUUCUAAUAUUUCUACUAGCCUGGCUAGUACCCUUUCUGAGAUUGACAUUUGGCCAUUCGGGUCGUUUCUAUGGCUACAAAGUCCAGCCGUAUCCACCGUUUUUGCCGCCACUGCCACCACCCAGCAGUCUUCCCUGGUAUGGCUAUCCAUAUGCCUAUAUGCCACACAAUAGACCAACUCAGAAGCCAACCACGGCAAUUGGAAUGGCACCGGUGUGUGGUAUUUUGAAUGGUGCCUUCAAAACGUUUGCAAGCCUCAAUCAUUUCUUGGAAGCAGUUAGACGCGGUUAUGCUUUCAGAUUUUUCUGCAAUGGACCCUGUCCUCCAGCGGUUACAGCCUGUUCAUCCAUUGAACUGAUCUGUGCCUUUGAUGGGAAGUCAACGAAAACAUUUAGGAAUACUUGUGAUCUGCGUAAGGAUGAGUAUCUCACGGGAAAGGAAUGGAUUGUGGUCUCAGCUGGUCCCUGUCAUCACGAUAUCUCCGACAUAACGACAACGGCCUCUACACCUUUACUCACAACCACGGUGAUAGACACAACGACAGAGUUACAGAUAACUUCUGAUAAGACGACCCCAAAUUCGGAGACCACACCUUUCUCAGACUUCACAACUCGAAUUUGGGAUACAACCGAGGCAGUAACAAAUCCCACUUUGGAUACAACAACAGAUGAUUACGAUUCGGGUGCAGCUGGCGAGGGUGAAGCCAUAACGGGGUCAACAUAUGUUACAGACGGAGCGGAGUCAACGACCUUAGCAUCAACAGAGGUAUCAUCUUUUUCCACCAUCCAAACGGAAACAACAGAGACUUCCACAUGGGAGACAACAAUAGAUGAUUACGAUUCAGGUGCAGCAGGAGAUGGAGAAGGCAUAACCGGCUCGAUAUACGCUACAGACGGUACGGAGUCAACGACCGCAGCAUCAACUGAGGAAUCAUCUCUCUCCACCUCCCAAACGGAGACAACAAUCGAUGACUACGAUUCAGGUGCAGCAGGAGAUGGAGAAGGCAUAACCGGCUCGACAUACGCUACAGACGGUACGGAGUCAACGACCUCAGCAUCAACUGAGGAAGCAUCUCUCUCCACCUCCCACACGGAGACAACAAUCGAUGACUACGAUUCAGGUGCAGCAGGAGAUGGAGAAGGCAUAACCGGCUCAACAUACGCUACCGACGGCACGGAGUCAACGACCUCAGCAUCAACUGAGGAAUCAUUUCUCUCCACCUCCCAAACGGAGACAACAAUCGAUGACUACGAUUCAGGUGCAGCAGGAGAUGGAGAAGGCAUAACCGGCUCAACAUACGCUACAGACGGCACGGAGUCAACGUCCUCAGCAUCAACUGAGGAAUCAUCUCUCUCCACCUCCCACACGGAGACAACAAUCGAUGACUACGAUUCAGGUGCAGCAGGAGAUGGAGAAGGCAUAACCGGCUCAACAUACGCUACAGACGGCACGGAGUCAACGACCUCAGCAUCAACAGAGAUAUCAUCUCCCAAAACCUCCCAAACGGAGACAACAAUCGAUGACUACGAUUCAGGUGCAGCAGGAGAUGGAGAAGCCAUAACAGGAUCAACAGGUGCAACAAGUGAGCCUGAGUCAACACCCACAUCUUCAACAGCAACCAAUGGAAUGACAACCACAACAUUGGCGACAACAUCUGAUUUUGAUUCUGGUGGAACAGCUAUUACAAGUUUGCCAUUAACAGAGUCAACAACAGCAGAUGCCACAUUAGAAACAACCACCACAGUUUUUGAUUCAGGCGUAGCCGGAGGUGGUGUGAUAAUCCCAGGUGAAACAGGCUCGACGAGUGGCACAGAGUCAACACCCUCUUCAACAACAGAUGAGACAACACCAACUAAAAACUCUGAAACUACACCAACUGAUGGCCCUAAUACUACGCCAACUGAUAGUUCUGAUACCACUCCAGGCCCUGGCUCUGAAAAUACACAUACUGACGGCUCUGACACCACACCAAGUUAUGUUUCUGAUACCACUCCAGGCCCUGGCUCUGAAACUACACCAACUGAUGGUUCUGACACCACACCAACUGAUGGUUCUGAUACCACACCAAGCCCUGGCUCUGAAACUACACCAAGUGAUGGCUCUGACACCACAGCAAGUGAUGUUUCUGAUACCACUCCAGGCUCUGACACCACACCAAGAGACGGUUCUGAUACCACUCCAGGCCCUGGCUCUGAAACUACUCCAACUGAUGGCUCUGAAACUACACCAAGUGAUGGUUCUUAUACCACUCAAGACCCUGGCUCUGACACAACACCAAGUGAUGGUUCUGAUACCACUCCAGGCCCUGGCUCUGAAACUACUCCAACUACACCAACUGAUGGCUCUGAAACCACACCAAGUGAUGGUUCUGAUACCACACCAAGCCCUGGCUCUGAAACUACGCCAACUGAUGGCUCUGAGACAACACCACGUGAUGGUUCUGAUACCACACCAAGCCCUGGCUCUGAAACUACGCCAACUGAUGGCUCUGAGACAACACCAAGUGAUGGUUCUGAUACCACUCAAGGCCCUGGCUCUGACACAACACCAAGUGAUGGUUCUGAUACCACUCCAGGCCCUGGCUCUGAAACUACACCAAGUGAUGGCUCUGACACCACACCAAGUGAUGUUUCUGAUACCACUCCAGGCUCUGACACCACACCAAGAGACGGUUCUGAUACCACUCCAGGCCCUGGCUCUGAAACUACACCAACUGAUGGCUCUGAAACUACACCAAGUGAUGGUUCUUAUACCACUCCAAGCCCUGGCUCUGAAACUACGCCAACUGAGAGCCCCGACACCACACCAAGUGAUGGUUCUGAUACCACUCCAGGCCCUGGCUCUGAAACUACACCAACUGAUGGCUCUGACACCACACCAAGUAAUGGUUCUGAUACCACUCCAGGUCCUGGCUCUGAAACUACACCAACUGAUGGCUCUGACACCACACCAAAUGAUGGUUCUGAUACCACUCCAGGCCCUGACUCUGAAACUACACCAACUGAUGGUUCUGACACCACACCAAGCCCUGGCUCUGAAACUACACCAACUGAUGUCUCUGACACCACACCAACUGAUGGUUCUGAUACCACUCCAGGCCCUGGCUCUGAAACUACGCCAAGUGAUGGUUCUGAGACCACACCAAGUGAUGGUUCUGAUACCACUCCAGGUUCUGGCUCUGAAACUACGCCAAGUGAUGGUUCUGAAACCACUCCAGGCCCUGGCUCUGAAACUACGCCAAGUGAUGGUUCUGAUACCACUCCAGGCCCUGGCUCUGAAACUACACCAACUGAUGGUUCUGAUACCACACCAAGCCCUGGCUCUGAAACUACGCCAAUUGAGAGCUCUGACACCACACAAAGUGAUGGUUCUGAUACCACUCCAGGCCCUGGCUCUGAAACUACACCAACUGAUGGUUCUGAUACCACACCAAGCCCUGGCUCUGAAACUACGCCAACUGAGAGCUCUGACACCACACCAAGUGACGGUUCUGAUACCACUCCAGGCCCUGCCACUGAAACUACACCAAGUGGUGAUUCUGACACCACUCAAGGCCCUGGCUCUGAAACUACACCAACUGAUGGCUCUGACACCACACCAACUGAUGGUUCUGAUACCACUCCAGGCCCUGGCUCUGAAACUACGCCAAGUGAUGGCUCUGAUACCACUCCAGGCCCUGGUUCUGAAACUACACCCACUGAUGGUUCUGAUACCACACCAAGCCCUGGCUCUGAAACUACACCAACUGAUGGCUCUGACACCACACCAACUGAUGGUUCUGAUACCACUCCAGGCCCUGGCUCUGAAACUACGCCAAGUGAUGGCUCUGAUACCACUCCAGGCCCUGGCUCUGAAACUACACCAACUGAUGGCUCUGACACCACACCAACUGAUGGUUCUGAUACCACACCAAGCCCUGGCUUUGAAACUACGCCAACUGAGGGCUCUGACACCACACCAAGUGACGGUUCUGAUACCACUCCAGGUCCUGGCUCUGAAACUACACCAACUGAUGGUUCUGAUACCACACCAAGCCCUGGCUCUGAAACUACGCCAACUGAUGGCUCUGAUACCACUCCAGGCCCUGGUUCUGAAACAACGCCAAGUGAUGGUUCUGAGACCACACCAAGUGAUGGUUCUGAAACUACGCCAACUGAUGGCUCUGAGACAACACCAAGUGAUGGUUCUGAUACCACUCCAGGCCCUGGCUCUGAAACUACGCCAAGUGAUGGUUCUGAGACCACACCAAGUGAUGGUUCUGAUACCACUCCAGGCCCUGGCUCUGAAACUACGCCAAGUGAUGGUUCUGAGACCACACCAAGUGAUGGUUCUGAUACCACUCCAGGCCCUGGCUCUGAAACUACGCCAAGUGAUGGUUCUGAUACCACUCCAGGCCCUGGCUCUGAAACUACGCCAACCGAUGGUUCUGAUACCACACCAAGCCCUGGCUCUGAAACUACGCCAAGUGAUGGUUCUGAUACCACUCCAGGCCCUGGCUCUGAAACUACGCCAAGUGAUGGUUCUGAUACCACUCCAGGCCCUGGCUCUGAAACUACGCCAAGUGAUGGUUCUGAUACCACUCCAGGCCCUGGCUCUGAAACUACGCCAAGUGAUGGUUCUCCAGGCCCUGACUCUGAAACUACACCAACUGAUGGCUCUGACACCACACCAGGUGACGGUUCUGAUACCACACCAAGCCCUGGCUCUGAAACUACAUCAACUGAUGGCUCUGAAACUACGCCAAGUGAUGGUUCUGAUACCACUCCAGGCCCUGGCUCUGAUACCACUCCAGGCCCUGGCUCUGAAACUACGCCAACUGAGGGCUCUGACACCACACCAAGUGACGGGUCUGAUACCACUCCAGGUCCUGGCUCUGAAACUACACCAACUGAUGGUUCUGAUGCCACAACAAGCCCUGGCACUGAAACUACACCAACUGAUGGCUCUGACACCACUCCUGGCCCUGGCUCUGCAACUACUCCAACUGAGGGCUCUGACACCACACCAGGUGACGGUUCUGAUACCACACCAAGCCCUGGCUCUGAAACUACAUCAACUGAUGGCUCUGAGACAACACCAAGUGAUGGUUCUGAUACCACUCCAGGCCCUGACUCCGAAACUACACCAAGUGAUGAUUCUGAUACCACUCCAGGCCCUGGCUCUGAAACUACGCCAACUGAGGACUCUGACACAACACCAAGUGACGGUUCCGAUACCACUCCAGGCCCUGGCUCUGAAACUACACCAACUGAUGUCUCUGACACAACACCAAGUGACGGUUCUGAUACCACUCCAGACCGUGGCUCUGAAACUACACCAACUGAUGGUUCUGAGACCACACCAAGUGAUGGUUCUGAUACCACUCCAGGCCCUGGCUCUGAAACUACGCCAACUGAGGGCUCUGACACCACACCAAGUGACGGGUCUGAUACCACUCCAGGUCCUGGCUCUGAAACUACACCAACUGAUGGUUCUGAUGCCACAACAAGCCCUGGCACUGAAACUACACCAACUGAUGGCUCUGACACCACUCCCGGCCCUGGCUCUGCAACUACUCCAACUGAGGGCUCUGACACCACACCAGGUGACGGUUCUGAUACCACACCAAGCCCUGGCUCUGAAACUACAUCAACUGAUGGCUCUGAGACAACACCAAGUGAUGGUUCUGAUACCACUCCAGGCCCUGACUCCGAAACUACACCAAGUGAUGAUUCUGAUACCACUCCAGGCCCUGGCUCUGAAACUACGCCAACUGAGGACUCUGACACAACACCAAGUGACGGUUCCGAUACCACUCCAGGUCCUGGCUCUGAAACUACACCAACUGAUGGCUCUGACACCACACCAAAUGAUGGUUCUGAUACCACUCCAGGCCCUGACUCUGAAACUACACCAACUGAUGGUUCUGACACCACACCAAGCCCUGGCUCUAAAACUACGCCAACUGAGGGCUCUGACACCACACAAACUGAUGGUUCUUAUACCACUCCAGGCCCUGGCUCUGAAACUACACCAACUGAUGUCUCUGACACCACACCAACUGAUGGUUCUGAUACCACUCCAGGCCCUGGCUCUGAAACUACGCCAAGUGAUGGUUCUGAGACCACACCAAGUGAUGGUUCUGAUACCACUCCAGGCCCUGGCUCUGAAACUACGCCAACUGAGGACUCUGACACCACACCAAGUGACGGUUCUGAUACCACUCCAGGUCCUGGCUCUGAAACCACACCAAGUGAUGGUUCUGAUACCACUCCAGGCCCUGGCUCUGAAACUACGCCAAGUGAUGGUUCUGAGACCACACCAAGUGAUGGUUCUGAUACCACUGCAGGCCCUGGCUCUGAAACUACGCCAAUUGAGAGCUCUGACACCACACCUAGUGACGGUUCUGGUACCACUCCAGGCCCUGACUCUGAAACUACACCAACUGAUGGCUCUGACACCACACCAGGUGACGGUUCUGAUACCACACCAAGCCCUGGCUCUGAAACUACGCCAAUUGAGAGCUCUGACACCACACCUAGUGACGGUUCUGAUACCACUCCAGGCCCUGACUCUGAAACUACACCAACUGAUGGCUCUGACACCACACCAGGUGACGGUUCUGAUACCACACCAAGCCCUGGCCCUGAAACUACAUCAACUGAUGGUUCAGGGACAGCACCAAGUGAUGGUUCUGAUACCACUCCAGGCCCUGGCUCUGAAACUACACCAAGUGAUGGUUCUGAUACCACUCCAGGCCCUGGCUCUGAUACCACUCCAGGCCCUGGCUCUGAAACUACGCCAACUGAGGGCUCUGACACCACACCAAGUGACGGUUCUGAUACCACUCCAGGUCCUGGCUCUGAAACUACACCAACUGAUGGUUCUGAUACCACACCAAGCCCUGGCUCUGAAACUACACCAACUGAUGGCUCUGAUACCACACCAAGUGAUGGUUCUGAUACCACUCCUGACCCUGGCUCUGAAACUACACCAACUGAUGGUUCUGAUGCCACAACAAGCCCUGGCACUGAAACUACACCAACUGAUGGCUCUGACACCACACCAAGUGAUGGUUCUGAUACCACUCCUGGCCCUGGCUCUGAAACUACUCCAACUGAUGGUUCUGAUGCCACAACAAGCCCUGGCACUGAAACUACACCAACUGAUGGCUCUGACACCACACCAAGUAAUGGUUCUGAUACCACUCCUGGCCCUGGCUCUGCAACUACUCCAACUGAGGGCUCUGACACCACACCAAGUGAUGGUUCCGAUACUACUCCAGGCCCUGGCUCUGAAACUACACCAACUGAUGGCUCUGACACAACACCAAGUGACGGUUCUGGUACCCCUCCAGGCCCUGGCUCUGAAACUACACCAACUGAGGGCUCUGACACCACACCAAGUGAUGGUUCUGAUACCACUCCAGAUCCUGGCUCUGAAACUACAGCAACUGAGAGCUCUGAAACCUCACCAAGUGAUGGUUCUGAUACCACUCCAGGCCCUGGCUCUGAAACUACUCCAACUGAUGGCUCUGACACCACACCAAGUGAUGGUUCUGAUACCACUCCAGAUCCUGGCUCUGAAACUACAGCAACUGAUGGUUCUGAUACCACUCCAGGACCUGGCUCUGAAACUACGCCAAGUGAUGGUUCUGCUACCACACCUAGUGAUGGUUCUGAUACCACACCAAGCCCUGGCACUGAAACUACACCAACUGAUGGCUCUAACACCACACCAAGUGAUGGUUCUGAUACCACUACUGGCCCUGGCUCUGCAACUACACCAACUGAGGGCUCUGACACCACACCAGGUGACGGUUCUGAUACCACUCCAGGCCCUGACUCUGAAACUACACCAAGUGAUGGUUCCGAUACCACUCCAGGCCCUGGCUCUGAAACUACGCCAACUGAGGACUCUGACACCACACCAAGUGAUGGUUCCGAUACCACACCAAGCCUUGGCUCUGAAACUACAUCAACUGAUGGCUCUGACACAACACCAAGUGACGGUUCUGAUACCACUCCAGGUCCUGGCUCUGAAACUACACCAACUGAUGGUUCUGCUACCACACCUAGUGAUGGUUCUGAUACCACUCCUGGCCCUGGCUCUGCAACUACUCCAACUGAGGGCUCUGACACCACACCAGGUGACGGUUCUGAUACCACUCCAGGCCCUGGCUCUGAAACUACACCAAGUGAUGGUUCUGAGACCACACCAGGUGAUGGUUCUGAUACCACUCCAGGCCCUGGCUCUGAAACUACGCCAACUGAUGGUUCUGAUACCACACCAAGCCCUGGCUCUGAAACUACGCCAAGUGAUGGUUCCGAUACCACUCCAGGCCCUGGCUCUGAAACUACGCCAAGUGAGGGCUCUGACACCACACUAACUGAUGGUUCUGAUACCACACCAAUCCCUGGCUCUGAAACUACGCCAACUGAUGGCUCUGAGACAACACCAAGUGACGGUUCUGAUACCACUCCAGGCCCUGGCUCUGAAACUACACCAACUGAUGGUUCUGAUACCACACCAAGCCCUGGCUCUGAAACUACGCCAAGUGAUAGUUCUGAGACCACACCAAGUGAUGGUUCUGAUACCACUCCAGGCCCUGGCUCUGAAACUACGUCGACUGAGGGCUCUGACACCACACCAAGUGACGGUUCUGAUACCACUCAAGGUCCUGGCUCUGAAACUACACCAACUGAUGGUUCUGCUACCACACCUAGUGAUGGUUCUGAUACCACUCCUGGCCCUGGCUCUGAAACUACACCAACUGAUGGUUCUGAUACCACACCAAGCCCUGGCACUGAAACUACACCAACUGAUGGCUCUGAUACCACACCAAGUGAUGGUUCUGAUACCACUCCUGGCCCUGGCUCUGCAACUACUCCAACUGAGGGCUCUGACACCACGCCAGGUGACGGUUCUGAUACCACUCCAGGCCCUGGCUCUGAAACUACACCAAGUGAUGGUUCUGAUACCACUCCAGGCCCUGGCUCUGAAACUUCGCCAAGUGAUGGUUCUGAGACCACACCAAGAGAUGGUUCUGAUACCACUCCAGGCCCUGGCUCUGAAACUACGCCAACUGAGGGCUCUGACACCACACCAAGUGACGGUUCUGAUACCACUCCAGGUCCUGGCUCUGAAACUACACCAACUGAUGGUUCUGCUACCACACCUAGUGAUGGUUCUGAUACCACUCCUGGCCCUGGCUCUGAAACUACACCAACUGAUGGUUCUGAUACCACACCAAGCCCUGGCACUGAAACAACACCAACUGAUGGCUCUGAUACCACACCAAGUGAUGGUUCUGAUACCACUCCUGGCCCUGGCUCUGCAACUACUCCAACUGAGGGCUCUGACACCACGCCAGGUGACGGUUCUGAUACCACUCCAGGCCCUGGCUCUGAAACUACACCAAGUGAUGGUUCUGAUACCACACCAAGCCCUGGCUCUGAAACUACGCCAAGUGAUGGUUCUGAGACCACACCAAGUGAUGGUUCCGAUACCACACCAAGCCCUGGCUCUGAAACUACAUCAAGUGAUGGCUCUGACACAACACCAAGUGACGGUUCUGAUACCACUCCAGGUCCUGGCUCUGAAACUACACCAACUGAUGGUUCUGCUACCACACCUAGUGAUGGUUCUGAUACCACUCCUGGCCCUGGCUCUGAAACUACACCAACUGAUGGUUCUGAUACCACACCAAGCCCUGGCACUGAAACUACACCAACUGAUGGCUCUGAUACCACACCAAGUGAUGGUUCUGAUACCACUCCUGGCCCUGGCUCUGCAACUACUCCAACUGAGGGCUCUGACACCACACCAACUGAUGGUUCUGAUACCACUCCAGGCCCUGGCUCUGAAACUACACCAAGUGAUGGUUCUGAUACCACUCCAGGCCCUGGCUCUGAAACUUCGCCAAGUGAUGGUUCUGAGACCACACCAAGUGAUGGUUCUGAUACCACUCCAGGCCCUGGCUCUGAAACUACGCCAACUGAGGGCUCUGACACCACACCAAGUGACGGUUCUGAUACCACUCCAGGUCCUGGCUCUGAAACUACACCAACUGAUGGUUCUGCUACCACACCUAGUGAUGGUUCUGAUACCACUCCUGGCCCUGGCUCUGAAACUACACCAACUGAUGGUUCUGAUACCACACCAAGCCCUGGCACUGAAACUACACCAACUGAUGGCUCUGAUACCACACCAAGUGAUGGUUCUGAUACCACUCCUGGCCCUGGCUCUGCAACUACUCCAACUGAGGGCUCUGACACCACGCCAGGUGACGGUUCUGAUACCACUCCAGGCCCUGGCUCUGAAACUACACCAAGUGAUGGUUCUGAUACCACUCCAGGCCCUGGCUCUGAAACUUCGCCAAGUGAUGGUUCUGCGACCACACCAAGUGAUGGUUCUGAUACCACUCCAGGCCCUGGCUCUGAAACUACGCCAACUGAGGGCUCUGACACCUCACCAAGUGACGGUUCUGAUACCACUCCAAGUCCUGGCUCUGAAACUACACCAACUGAUGGUUCUGCUACCACACCUAGUGAUGGUUCUGAUACCACUCCUGGCCCUGGCUCUGAAACUACACCAACUGAUGGUUCUGAUACCACACCAAGCCCUGGCACUGAAACUACACCAACUGAUGGCUCUGACCCCACACCAAGUGGUGGUUCUGAUACCACUCCUGGCCCUGGCUCUGCAACUACUCCAACUGAGGACUCUGACACCACACCAAGUGAUGGUUCUGAUACCACUCCAGGCCCUGGUUCUGAAACUACACCAACUGAUGGUUCUGAUACCACACCAAGUGAUGGUUCUGAUACCACUCCAGGCCCUGGCUCUGAAACUACGCCAACUGAGGACUCUGACAUCACACCAAGCCCUGGCUCUGAAACUACAUCAACUGAUGGCUCUGAGACAACACCAAGUGAUGGUUCUGAUACCACUCCAGGCCCUGGCUCUGAAACUACGCCAACUGAGGACUCUGACACCACACCAAGUGAUGGUUCUGAUACCACUCCAGGCCCUGGUUCUGAAACUACACCAACUGAUGGUUCUGAUACCACACCAAGCCCUGGCUCUGAAACUACGCCAAUUGAGAGCUCUGACACCACACCAAGUGACGGUUCUGAUACCACUCCAGGCCCUGGCUCUGAAACUACACCAACUGAUGGUUCUGAUACCACACCAAGCCGUGGCUCUGAAACUACGCCAACUGAGGGCUCUGACAGCACACCAAGUGAUGGUUCUGAUACCACUCCAGGCCCUGGCUCUGAAACUACACCAACUGAUGGUUCUGAUACCACACCAAGCCCUGGCACUGAAACUACGCCAACUGAGGUCUCUGAAACUACACCAACUGAUGGCUCUUACACCACACCAACUGAUGGUUCUGAUAACACUCCAGGCCCUGGCUCUGAAACUACACCAACUGAUGGCUCUGAGACAACACCAAGUGAUGGUUCUGAUACCACUCCUGGCCCUGGCCCUGGCUCUGCAACUACGCCAAAUGAGGGCUCUGACACCACACCAGGUGACGGUUCUGAUACCACUCCAGGCCCUGGCUCUGAAACUACACCAACUGAUGGCUCUGAGACAACACCAAGUGAUGGUUCUGAUACCACUCCUGGCCCUGGCCCUGGCUCUGCAACUACGCCAACUGAGGGCUCUGACACCACACCAGGUGACGGUUCUGAUACCACUCCAGGCCCUGGCUCUGAAACUACACCAACUGAUGGUUCUGAUACCACACCAAGCCCUGGCUCUGAAACUACGCCAACUGAUGGCUCUGAAACUACACCAACUGAUGGCUCCGACACCACGCCAGGUGACGGUUCUGAUACCACUCCAGGCCCUGGCUCUGAAACUACACCAACUGAUGGAUCUGAGACAACACCAAGUGAUGAUUCUGAUACCACUCCAGGCCCUGGCUCUGAAACUACGCCAAGUGAUGGUUCUGAUACCACUCCAGGCCCUGGCUCUGAAACUACACCAACUGAUGGUUCUGAUACCACACCAAGCCCUGGCCCUGGCUCUGAAACUACACCAAGUGAUGAUUCUGAUACCACUCCAGGCCCUGGCUCUGAAACUACGCCAACUGAGGACUCUGACACCACACCAAGUGAUGGUUCUGAUACCACCCCAGGCCCUGGCUCUGAAACUACGCCAACUGAGGGCUCUGACACCACACCAGGUGACGGUUCUGAUACCACUCCAGGCCCUGGCUCUGAAACUACACCAACUGAGGGAUCUGACACCACACCAAGUGACGAUUCUGAUACCACUCCCGGCGCUGGCUCUGCAACUACACCAAGUGAUGGCUCUGACACCACACCAAGUGAUGGUUCUGAUACCAUUCCAGGCCCUGGCUCUGAAACUACACAAACUGAUGGUUCUGAUACCACACCAAGCCCUGGCUCUGAAACUACGCCAACUGAUGGCUCUGAGACAACACCAAGUGAUGGUUCUGAUACCACACCAAGCCCGGGCUCUGAAACUACACCAAGUGAUGGUUCUGAUAUCACACCAAGCCCUGGCUCUGAAACUACGCCAACUGAUGGCUCUGAGACAACACCAAGUGAUGGUUCUGAUACCACACCAAGCCCGGGCUCUGAAACUACACCAACUGAUGGCUCUGAAACUACACCAACUGAUGGUUCUUAUACCACACCAAGCCCUACGCCAACUAAGGGCUCUGACACCACACCAAGUGAUGGUUCUGGUACCCCUCCAGGCCCUGGCUCUGAAACUACACCAACUGAGGGCUCUGACACCACACCAAGUGAUGGUUCUGAUACCACUCCAGAUCCUGGCUCUGAAACUACAGCAACUGAGAGCUCUGAAACCUCACCAAGUGAUGGUUCUGAUACCACUCCAGGCCCUGGCUCUGAAACUACUCCAACUGAUGGCUCUGACACCACACCAAGUGAUGGUUCUGAUACCACUCCAGAUCCUGGCUCUGAAACUACAGCAACUGAGAGCUCUGAAACCUCACCAAGUGAUGGUUCUGAUACCACUCCAGGCCCUGGCUCUGAAACUACACCAACUGAGGGCUCUGACACCACACCAAGUGAUGGUUCUGAUACCACUCCAGAUCCCGGCUCUGAAACUACAGCAACUGAGAGCUCUGAAACCUCACCAAGUGAUGGUUCUGAUACCACUCCAGGCCCUGGCUCUGAAACUACACCAACUGAGGGAUCUGACACCACACCAACUGACGAUUCUGAUACCACUCCAGGCGCUGGCUCUGCAACUACACCAAGUGAUGGCUCUGACACCACACCAAGUGAUGGUUCUGAUACCACUCCUGGCCCUGGCUCUGCAACUACGCCAACUGAGGGAUCUGACACCACACCAAGUGACGAUUCUGACACCACUCCAGGCGCUGGCUCUGCAACUACACCAAGUGAUGGCUCUGACACCACACCAAGCCCUGGCUCUGAAACUACACCAACUGAUAGCUCUGACACCACACCAAGUGAUGGUUCUGAUACCACACCUGGCCCUGGCUCUGCAACUACACCAACUGAUGGCUCUAAAACUACACCAAGUGAUGGUUCUAAUACCACACCAAGCCCUGGCUCUGAAACUACACCAACCGAGGGCUCUGACACCACACCAAGUGAUGGUUCUGAUACCACACCAAGCCCUGGCUCUGAAACCACACCAACUGAAGGCUUUGAAACUACACCAACUGAUGGUUCUGACACCACACCAAGUGAUGGUUCUGAUUCCACUCCAGGCCCUGGCUCUGAAACUACACCAACUGAGGGCUCUGAGACCACACCAAGUGACGGUUCUGAUACCACUCCAGGCCCUGGCUCUGAAACUACACCAACUGAGGGCUCUGACACCACACCAAGUAAUGGUUCUGAUACCACUCCAGGCCCUGGCUCUGAAACUACACCAACUGAGGGCUCUGACACCACACCAAGUGACGGUUCUGAUACCACUCCAGGCCCUGGCUCUGAAACUACACCAACUGAGGGCUCUGAGACCACACCAAGUGACGGUUCUGAUACCACUCCAGGCCCUGGCUCUGAAACUACACCAACUGAGGGCUCUGACACCACACCAAGUGAUGGUUCUGAUACCACUCCAGGCCCUGGCUCUGAAACUACACCAACUGAGGGCUCUGACACCACACCAAGUGACGAUUCUAAUACCACUCCAGGCGCUGGCUCUGCAACUACACCAAGUGAUGGCUCUGACACCACACCAAGUGAUGGUUCUGAUACCACUCCUAGCCCUGGCUCUGAAACUACGCCAACUGAUGGCUCUGACGCCACACCAAGCCCUGGCUCUGAAACUACACCAACUGAUGUCUCUGACACCACACCAAGUGAUGGUUCUGAUACCACUCCUGGCCCUGGCUCUGCAACUACACCAACUGAUGGCUCUGAAACUACACCAAGUGAUGGUUCUAAUACCACACCAAGCCCUGGCUCUGAAACUACACCAACCGAGGGCUCUGACACCACUCCAAGUGAUGGUUCUGAUACCACUCCUGGCCCUGGCUCUGCAACUACGCCAACUGAGGGAUCUGACACCACACCAAGUGACGAUUCUAAUACCACUCCAGGCGCUGGCUCUGCAACUACACCAAGUGAUGGCUCUGACACCACACCAAGUGAUGGUUCUGAUACCACUCCUAGCCCUGGCUCUGAAACUACGCCAACUGAUGGCUCUGACACCACACCAAGCCCUGGCUCUGAAACUACACCAACUGAUGGCUCUGACACCACACCAAGUGAUGGUUCUGAUACCACUCCUGGCCCUGGCUCUGAAACUACACCAACUGAUGGCUCUGACACCACACCAAGUGAUGGUUCUGAUACCACUCCUAGCCCUGGCUCUGAAACUACGCCAACUGAUGGCUCUGACACCACACCAAGCCCUGGCUCUGAAACUACACCAACUGAGGGCUCUGAGACCACACCAAGUGACGGUUCUGAUACCACUCCAGGCCCUGGCUCUGAAACUACACCAAAUGAGGGCUCUGACACCACACCAAGUGAUGGUUCUGAUACCACUCCAGGCCCUGGCUCUGAAACUACACCAACUGAGGGCUCUGACACCACACCAAGUGACGGUUCUGAUACCACUCCAGGCGCUGGCUCUGCAACUACACCAAGUGAUGGCUCUGACACCACACCAAGUGAUGGUUCUGAUACCACUCCUAGCCCUGGCUCUGAAAUUACGCCAACUGAUGGCUCUGACACCACACCAAGCCCUGGCUCUGAAACUACACCAACUGAUGGCUCUGACACCACACCAAGUGAUGGUUCUGAUACCACUCCUGGCCCUGGCUCUGCAACUACACCAACUGAUGGCUCUGAAACUACACCAAGUGAUGGUUCUAAUACCACACCAAGCCCUGGCUCUGAAACUACACCAACCGAGGGCUCUGACACCACUCCAAGUGAUGGUUCUGAUACCACUCCUGGCCCUGGCUCUGCAACUACGCCAACUGAGGGAUCUGACACCACACCAAGUGACGAUUCUAAUACCACUCCAGGCGCUGGCUCUGCAACUACACCAAGUGAUGGCUCUGACACCACACCAAGUGAUGGUUCUGAUACCACUCCUAGCCCUGGCUCUGAAACUACGCCAACUGAUGGCUCUGACACCACACCAAGCCCUGGCUCUGAAACUACACCAACUGAUGGCUCUGACACCACACCAAGUGAUGGUUCUGAUACCACUCCUGGCCCUGGCUCUGAAACUACACCAACUGAUGGCUCUGACACCACACCAAGUGAUGGUUCUGAUACCACUCCUGGCCCUGGCUCUGCAACUACACCAACUGAUGGCUCUGAAACUACACCAAGUGAUGGUUCUAAUACCACACCAAGCCCUGGCUCUGAAACUACACCAACCGAGGGCUCUGACACCACACCAAGUGAUGGUUCUGAUACCACAACAAGCCCUGGCUCUGAAACCACACCAACUGAAGGCUUUGAAACUACACCAACUGAUGGUUCUGACACCACUCCAGGCCCUGGUUCUGAAACUACACCAACGAAUGGCGCUGAGACCACACCAACUGAUGGUUCCGACACCACACCAAGCCCUGGCUCUGAAACUACACCAACUGAUGGCUCUUGCACCACACCAAGUGACGGUUCUGAUACCACUCCAGGCCCUGGCUCUGAAACUACACCAGCUGAUGGCUCUGAUACCACUCCUGGCCCUGACUCUGAAACUACGCCAACUGAUGGAUCUGACACCACACCAAGUGACGGUUCUAAUACCACUCCAGGCCCUGGCUCUGAAACUACACCAACUGAUGGUUCUGAUAACACACCAAGUGAUGGUUCUGAUACCACUCCAGGCCCUGGCUUUGAGACCACACAAACUUAUGGUUCUUUGGAGUCGGAAACAACGACUUCAGAAGAUCGCUCUACUGAGCUGACAACACCGGCUUCAGUUUCCGAGUCGGUGACAACACCUCCUAAGGACUCAACAAGUGAUUUUGAAACUACUCGCUCCAGUUUUUCAACAACGGAGCCCGAUCUUCCGACCGAUUCGGGUGUAGCUUCUGAAACAGGAACAAUGUUCUUCCCAGUCUCUCUUGCUCCGCUGAUGUCAUUUGGUUUUAAUGUCAUUUUGCCCACAAUUGCACCGGAAACAACAACAGCAAUGACCGACUCUGACUUUGAGUCAGGUUCCGGUGCACAAACAGCCACAGCUCCAGUGAGUGUGUCCACAGGUGUUCCGCAGCCGCCCUGUAUCCACACAACAACGCCAAGACCGUAUUGCCCCCCAGAUACGGCUUCGCCGAAACCUAGCACCACUACGCCAGCUAGUUUACUUUCUUAUCCUUAUCCCAUCCAGCAACUGCUGUCCAAACUUACGCCCUCUCCCCGGGUAGCGUUUAGACAUAAUGUAGGCAAUAAAUACGGGUCCUACAUCGAAGGAGAUGUCAACAACCAUAUUGUGAUAGCGUCUGCGAGAGCAGCCACCGAUAGUGCCAAACGAAAACCCCAUGCAUCGAAUUUGUCCAAGCUCUUUGAGCUUUUUAAAAGUAGGCAUUCAAGAAAGCGACAAUUACAUUUAACAAGAACAACAAAGCAAAUCAUGAAGGUCAUUUACAUCCUGGUAGCAAUUUGCUUGGUGGCAUUGGCCAAGGCUCAGCCAUUUAGUUUUCCACUCAGUUAUCCCCAUACACCAUACCGACCCUCGCCAUUUCCAUUCCCAAGGCCACAGCCGGUAUGCGGUGUUUUAAACGGGUUCUAUAAGACAUUUUCAAGUUUGCAGGAAUUCUUGGAUACCGUCAAAAAUGGUUAUAGCUUCACAUUCCAUUGCAAUGGACCCUGUCCACCCACCCACAAUCCCUGCUCGACCGUCUAUGAUCCGGUGUGUGCCACAAAUUUGGUAACAACUAAAACAUUCAGUAGUCCCUGCGCCUUGGCCGAGGAAAUUCAAAGAACUGGAAUAACUUGGGUCAAAAUAUCGAAUGGUCCUUGUUCGGUGGGGAGCAGCACAACAGCCGUCCCUUAUGUACCCAGCUCUACGAGAACAACACCAACCACAGCUGCUGAGGUAACAACUCCUGAGCCCACAACUCCUGAGCCCACAACACCGGAGUCCACAACUCCAGAACCCACAACUACAGAAACCACAACUACAGAAGCCACAGAGUCCACAACCUCUGAAUCCACAACACCAGAAGAGACAACGGCCGAAUCAACAACUACAGAAGCCUCAACGCCCGAAACCACAACACUAGAACCUUCAACCCCCGAGACCACAACUGACGAAAACUCAGAAACUACAACUCCAGAAAGUGAGAGUUCAACACCUCCAAUUUUUUCUUUUGCCGCAUUAAAUGAAUUCAAUGAAACCCCUGCAGAAGAAAAGAAUGUCCCAGGCGGUGGAUCAUUGAAUUCCUUCCCAGCUUCACUGUUGGCAUCACCUGUACCAUCUGGCACCGUCAUUUCAUACAGGAAUAAUGUCGACAACAACUAUGCCAUUUAUGCUGAGGGCAAUGUCUUCAAUAGUGAACCUUCCAUUUGCCUUGGAGCAUUGCCAGCAAGUGCAACAAGUGUGGCCUACAGUCAAGCUUCAAGUUAUUCCAAUUAUCCAUAUUCUUAUAAUACGUAUUCGUUUCGAUCGGGUUAUGGUUCACAACCUGGGGCACCAGCGUAUCGACCGGGUUAUGGCUCCCAGACUGGGGGAACAGUGUUUCGACCGGGUUAUGGACCCCAGCCUGGGGCAUCAGUGUUUCGACCGGGUUAUGGCUCUCAGCCUGGGGCGCCAGGUUAUAGCUACCAGCCUGGGGCACCGGGUUACAGCUCCCAGCCCACAGGACCAGUGUGCGGUGUUUUAAAUGGUUACUAUCGAACAUUUCCCAGUUUACAAGCAUUUUUGGAUGCUGUUAGAAAUGGUCUGGGCUAUAAAUUCCAUUGUAAUGGCCCAUGUCCAAGUGUUCGGCCACCUGUUGCUGGCUGUCCAAAGAUAUAUGAUCCAGUGUGUGCCACAAAUCUGUUGGUCACAAAAACUUUCAAUAAUUAUUGCCUGUUGGCUCAGGAAUCUGCCCAAACGGGCGUAACUUGGAUACAAGUAGCAAAGGGUCCUUGCUACGCGGCAACUAGCUCAACUUACAAGCCGUAUACAACUACAAAAUACACGACACCCCAAGUAUACCCACCAGAGGUAACAACAACUGAGCCAUCGGUCACAGAACCCCCCACUACAACUGAAACAACAGAGGUCACCACCCCAGAAGUCACUACUCCCGAAGUCACAACUCCAGAAGUCACAACUCCAGAAGUCACAACUCCAGAAGUCACAACGCCAGAAGUCACAACUCCAGAAGUUACAACUCCUGAGGUCACAACUCCAGAAGUCACAACUCCAGAAGUCACAACUCCAGAAGUUACAACUCCAGAAGUUACAACUCCAGAAGUUACAACUCCAGAAGUCACAACUCCAGAAGUCACAACUCCAGAAGUCACAACUCCAGAAGUCACAACUCCAGAAGUCACAACUCCAGAAGUCACAACUCCAGAAGUCACAACUCCAGAAGUCACAACUCCAGAAGUCACAACUCCAGAAGUCACAACUCCAGAAGUCACAACGCCAGAAGUCACAACUCCAGAAGUUACAACUCCUGAAGUCACAACUCCAGAAGUAACAACGACUGAAACCACCACCCUAGAAACAACAACGGAAGAAGUCUCAACCACUGAGACUACCACCCUAGAAACAACAACAACGGAAGAAGCCUCAACUACUGACACCACCACCCUUGAAACAACAACAGAAGAGCUCUCAAACGCUGACACCACCACCGUGGAAUCAACAACAGAAGAAGUCUCAACCACUGAGACCACCACACUAGAAACAACAACAACGGAAGAAGUCUCCACCACUGAAACCUCAACCAUUCCAGAUGACACCACAACUACCGAAACAGCACCACCAGAAGAUACUACAAUUGAAAAUGAAUCUGGAUUUAGACUAGGUUUCAAGCUAGCGGCUCUGCCAUUUAAUGAAGUACUUCCAAGCGAAGAAACUACUAAAGCUACACCCUCAACGCCAUCACUUCCCGCAUUAUUUGCCCAGUGGCUUAGUGCCGUUCAGUCAAAUCCGGGCAGCAACGGUACUCCCGUCUUUUCCUACCGAAAUAAUGUCAACAACAAAUAUGGCAUUUAUUCGGAAGGUAGUGUCUACAAUAAUCCACAGUGUCUACAAUAA